GGGCCCGCCUGGCUCAUGGAGCCUCUAUUAGAUACAGAUAUAAUUCUUGAGAGUUACCACCAGAGAAGGGAAGAGAAAUUGGAGAUAGAGAGAGAAGCGAGGGCCGGCGAUGGGGUUCGUGAUGGAGUUCGCGGAGAACCUGAUUCUGCGGAUGAUGGAGGAUCCGAAGAAGAGGGACGAGAGGCAGCGGGAGCACAUCUACGCUAUGAGGGAGCGGUGCAACAAGACCAAGGCCAACUGGAAGCUUCCCCUCCGCCCCUACGGCUUCUGGACCUUCGAGCGUUUCAACGCCCAGCUCUCCUGGGAUGCCCAAAUCAGCCAGGUCCCCGGCCGCCGCGACCCCUACGACGACCUCCUCCUCGACCACCAGUCCCCACCGACCCCCAAAUCCACCAAUUGAUGAUGGAUCAGGAUCAUCCAUCCUUCCAUCCGUCAUAAGACCUGAGUAUGCUAGGGGCAUCUUGAAGGGUUUCUGCAGUUAUUUCAAAGCAUGAAUAAAGAUGUCAUCUCUCUCUCUCUCCCCCUCCCUCCCACCCUCCCUCUGUGUGUGUGCGCGCGUAUGUGUGUGCGUGCGUAUCUCAUGUGCGAUCAGGAUUCUGUUUCUAGGAUUCCAUUUGUUCUGAUAUCUUUCUGAAUGAUGUCUUGAUCAGGUAUUUUCUUGUCUUCUGUUGCGGUAGAAGCCAGUGUAAGGUGGUGCAACAUGGAUAGCACAUAAGUCAUGCUUCGUAUAUGCAUUUAGAUGUUGCUUUGGUGUCAUGAGAUCCUAAUCAUGAUAACUCUGAUUUGGUUUUUGGCUGUCUUCUGAACUAUUGUUGAUAUUGACUUGGUGUUUAAAUAUUAUCUCCAAAUAAAGAACUAGUGAAUUGGCUGUGUUGCAACAUAUAUGGCUGCUUUGGCCUCCCUUAACAUUAAUAGAUGGUGCAGUUUAAAUUUUUCUGU